GGGUUGCAGGGCCGGCGCAGGCGCUGAAGCAUAAUCCCGGGCUGUCGGUGGAUUGGUCGCCGGAAGAGCAGGCCAUCUUGGAAGAAGAACUCGACAACCCAGGUGCUGGCUUCAGCAUUGAGAACCCGAAGCCCAAGGGACAUCAUUUAGAGUGCAACAAGGAGAGGCGGCUGCUUUUUCUUCCUUCUCUUCCAGAGUGCCGCAGGAAUAAGUUGCUGCUGCUUCUUAUUCUGUACAGUGCAGCAAGACAUGCAUCUGAAUCAAGUAUAAUUCGUUAUGCAAAAAUUGCCAUGUUGUUGCCGAAUAAGACAGUUCGUGACGUGGCCCUGAGAUGCAGAUGGAUGACUAAAAAGGAGAGUGGCAAGAGAAGAAAAGAAGAUCAUAACUUGUCAAAGAAAAGCAAAGAUAAAAAGGAGAGGGUCACAGAUGCUUUAGCAAAACCAUCGACCCAUCUAGGAUCACUUCCUAAUGCUCCUUUAUACCCACUGCCCAUGCUUCCUAUGGAUGAUGAUGGCAUUACAUAUAAAGUAAUUGGUGGUCGAACUGGGCAGCUCCUUGAGAGUAACGCAGAUGCCUUCACUAAAAUUUCUGCUAAUCUUGCUAGCUUAAAGGUACAAGACAACAUUAGUCUACUUUGCCAAACACGGGACAACAUACUUACUAUCUUGGCAGAUUUGAACGAUAUGCCGGAAAUAAUGAAGCAGAUGCCACCACUUCCCGUCAAGAUGAACGAAGAAUUAGCUGACUCCAUUCUCCCCAGGACGACCGUGCCUAUGCAGUCGUGAAAUGUGGAUCUUCUUUCAACCUGCAUAUCGAUGUUGGAAGCCAGAAGAUAAAAAGACACCGCCCUUAUCUGGUUUAUGCUCAAAGUCUUUGUAGUAAAAUAUUAGAGUAGAUGCUUUGUUAGUGUUUCCCGGUGACCUGUUCUUUUGUUCUUUAAGCAAAUGAUCUUAAUAAAUGUUCUCUAGGUAAAUCCUGUGCAGUAUCUAGGAUUAUGUAAAUGGUAGCUUACAGCUUUGUUGCAUCUUUGUAUAACCUUCUGUUGGUUGUCCAGUGGACAUCCAAUUGUAAUAAAUGUUCUAUAUUAACUCUCAUGCAGUGUUGGAUUCUAACCACACCAGUUGGGUGUUUGUGAGAGAAAUUGUUCCUUGA